AUAUUGAGGGCAUAUGUUAGGAUUUUGAGCGGGGAUUAAUAAAUAUAUACGGCUUCAAUUUAAAAUCUUCACCCCUCCAUUUUGUUUUGGUUUCCCAAAUUCUCUAAUCCUACGAGGAACGGUCUAACCCCUGUUUUUUUACCGAAAAUUGAAGUCUAUGGAUGUUAAUGGACUAAUAACGAAGGUCACAUGGAGGGUUGAAAUUUUGAGUGCAGUUCAUAGUCAGUCCAAGUCUCCGGGUGUUAAUGGACAAAUAACGAAGGUCACAUGGAGGAUCGAGAAUUUCUCCAGUAUUAAAGACGGAAUGCUCUCUUCUGAAAAUUUCACUGUUGAUGGAAACAAAUGGCGACUUAGCAUCUACCCGAAGGGGAACAAAGUGGAUUUUUUGUCAAUUUUAUUAGAAGUUGCAGAUUCAGCUACUUUGCCUUGUGGAUGGAGUAGAAAUGCCCAAUUUGGACUUGCAGUCAUCAAUCAAUUCGAUCGUGAACCUUCCAUUACGGAUGGUAUUUUUUGUUGAACCAAUAACAUUUCUACAAAACAAAGUAUCAACCUUCUUAUGGUUGUUCUUAUUUAAUGAGUUUACAAAACACAGCUAAUCACUAUGGGUAAUAGUUAUUCUUCAAAAAUAAAAGUAAAGGAAAUGAAUAAUCUACACAAUUUUGAAAAAGUUUGGAAAUAGAAAAAAUUUG